GUUGAGUUUAUAAUUAAUAAUAGUAGCAUAUUAUUAAUUUUGUCUCAAAAUGUUCUCGCUCAUAUUGAAGAGUGUUUUACUGUUUGCCGUAUUUUGUCAGAUCUCUGCGCAAAGCCAGUGCGAGAAGGAUAGGUUGGCUAAUGUGAAAUCAGGUAAAACAAAAGUAGUUGGGCCCAAUAUUGGCAGUUGGCUAGUGUUGGAGGCAUGGAUGGCCGGCAAUGUCUGGGACAGUAACGGGUGCGACAGAAACACCAAGCAAGGUAGUUAUUUGCUGGAACAGUGCCUUGGUAGUCGUGCCCCAGCUGUUAUGGAGAAACAUUGGUCAUCGUUUAUCACUGAAAAUGACUUUGCUGAAAUGUCCAAACACGGUAUUAAUGUGGUUCGCUUCCCAGUUGGUUGGUGGCAGAUUUAUGACCCGCAAGGUGGCGCUAGCAAAGCCAAACUGAACUGGCACAUCACACCUACCAACUACAUAACCGGUGGUCUGGCAUAUAUUGAUAAGGCUUUCGAAUGGGGCGCUAAACACGGAAUCGGUAUAUUAUUGGACAUGCACGCGGCACCUGGAAAUCAAAAUGCCUUUGAUAACUCGUCACCCACUGAAUACCCUCCUCAGAAAAAUUGGGACAAAUACGAUGCAAACAGGGGUCAGACUGUAGACUCAAUGGAGCUGUAUGCUCAGCGUUACGGCAAUCACAGUGCCCUGUACGGUUUCUGUCUUCUCAAUGAGCCCGAUGGUAUGGAUGUCGGAAAGUUGCAAGAUUACUAUAACCGAGCCUACGCUGCCAUACGUAAACACUCGGCCGACUCGGUAAUAGUGAUCAGCCCACUGCUCAAUGGCGAGUCGGGUGUCGAAGAUCAUUGGAUAAACUUUGGAAAGGGUAUGACCAGGUUGGCCAUGGACUUCCAUUACUACUCGUGCUUUGGUGGCGAUCCCGAUCAGACUAACCCCGAUGGCGCUAUUGGUUAUAUAAACAACGACCUAAAGAACCAAAUUGCUACGUUCGCCAGUAGAAAUCCGGGAAAGAAAAUGUUGAUUGGUGAAUGGUCAUCGUGCAAUCAUUUUAAUAACCCGAGUCGCAAUGGCGAAUUUGCCAAGGCUGAGUUCAACGUGUACAACCAGGCUUCAUUGGGCUGGGCAUUUUGGUCGUGGACCGUCGGAUCCGGUGAAUUGUGGUCAUUGAAAACCAAUUUCGAAAGGGGAUGGGUGCCGGCUAACCUUGUGUUCCCUUGCUAAACACCUCUAUGUAUUUAAAUAGUAGGG